UUCACCAUAAUACUUGUCUUUCACUAUUUUCUCUCUCCAUCACUCUGUUUUCAAGACCCUGUUUCUCUAUUUGUGACAAUGGUGGUGGUUAUUGUUCUUCUUCUUCUUCCUCAUCUCACACUUUCUGCCACGUCUACAUAUUCUCGUCCCAACAACUUUUACAUCAACUGUGGGUCGGAUUCUAACGUCACUUAUGCUGGUCGGACUUUUGUUGGAGACAUGGCCCCCGGUGCUAACUUGUUUUCCUUCACCAAGAAUGGAACUGAAACCAGCAACCAAUCUGGAUCGUCCACUGCGCCGGAAAUCUAUCGGACGGUUAGGAUCUUCAGACUCCCUUCUUAUUACAAGUUCCAACUCGACUCUGUUGGUCUACACUUUGUGCGUCUCCAUUUCUCUGCUGUCUCUUCUCGGAGAGAGCUUUUAACUCCCCGUUUUAAUAUCUCCGCCACUUCCGAUUCCACUCAUCACUUUGACAGUCUCUCGCUUCAAAACUUCAGUAAGACUCCACGAGUUGAGGAGUUUCUCUUGAUGAUUGACUCCCCUGAACUCGAAAUUGGGUUUGUCCCUGAGCUCUCAUCUGUAGCUCUCGUUAACGCCAUCGAAGUGUUGUUUUCUGCUCAUAACAACCUCAACCUCACAGUUCUGUCAGAUUCCGACAAUAAUCUACAUACAAUCUACAGACUGAACGUAGGCGGCGAUAAAAUCAAACCGGAAUACGACACCUUGGGAAGGACUUGGUCGGUAGACGAUGACUAUCUCUACAAGAAAGAUUCCGCGAAAAACAUUCGAUCACCAGCACAAAUCACCUCUCCUGAUAUCUUCACUGCUCCUGAUUCCGUCUACCAGUCGGCUAAAACAAUUGAGUUAAAUCAAGGUGCGAGGUUGAUGAACGUUACAUGGUGUUUUACGGUCAAAAGUAACGUUAGACACUUCAUCAGGGUUCACUUCUACUAUAUCAAGAACAACGAAUCAAAAUCCUCUGACACUAAUUUCUAUCUAUAUGUAAAUGGGCAUUGGCGUCUACAUGUCAAUCCUUUUGAUCACCAUGGGUUAGUAGUCACUCCGUUUUAUAUCGAUAUCGUGAAUGUCUCUGAUGGUUCUGGAUUCUUGAAUGUUAGUAUAGGUAACAAUGUCCCCUCUAAUGAUUUUGGUUUUCUGAAUGGUCUGGAGAUUAUGGAGUUCCUAGAGAAAAAUGGUUCUAAUUCCUUAGAUGGAGGUAGUUCCCGGGUGUACAUCAUCGCAGGUUGUGUUGCUGCUGGAUUGUUUCUAGUCUUGAGUUUAUUGUUUAUGGUUUUCCUGAAGCGGAGGAGAUCAAAGAAGAAGAAGAAGUCAGAUGCCGAGAUCACUGUGUGGUCUCCUUUGCCAUUGUACAGAGGAAGUAGGAGUUCUGACAAUAGAUAUUUCUAUUCCGACAACAAUUCCCAAUUAGGUAACCUGCAGUUAGGUUUGAAGAUUCCCUUCAAAGACAUUUUGAUAGCUACAAACAAUUUCGACGAGCAGCUGUUGAUCGGUAAAGGCGGUUUCGGAGAUGUCUACAAAGCCAUUCUUCCAGAUGAAAGCAAAGUGGCUAUCAAGAGAGGCAAGCCCGGUUCCGGACAAGGAAUACUCGAGUUUCAAACAGAGAUUCAAGUCUUGUCAAGAAUCUGGCACAGGCAUCUUGUUUCUCUAACGGGCUACUGCGAAGAGAACUCGGAGAUGAUCCUUGUUUACGAGUUUAUCAAAAAAGGUACGCUUCAGGAGCAUCUAUACGGCUCGGAUUUGCCUUCACUUUCAUGGAAACAAAGGCUGGAGAUUUGCAUCGGAGCAGCCAGAGGACUGCACUAUCUCCACAGUGGCUCGGAAGAAGCAAUCAUUCACAGAGAUGUUAAAUCCACAAACAUACUACUGGACGAGAACACUGUUGCCAAAGUUGCUGAUUUUGGGAUAUCGAAGCUCGUGGUUCGGAAUCAAGAAUCGAUAAGUAUCAGCACUAACAUCAAAGGAACGUAUGGUUACCUCGAUCCCGAGUAUAUGUACACACGCAUCUUGACGGAGAAAUCAGAUGUUUACUCGUUCGGAGUUGUUCUCCUCGAGGUUUUGUGCGCGAGACCGGCUCUCGAUAGGCACCUUCCUGCUGAGCAACAGAACCUAGCGGACUGGGCCAUGUCAUGCAAAUCCAACGGGGUUUGUUAUAAGAUUGUAGACCAAAGAUUGGUAGGUCAAAUCGAACCGAACGUUUUGAGGAAAUUCAUGGAAGUCGCGGAGAAAUGUCUCAAGGAUCAUGGAGACGAGAGGCCGAUCAUGGCGGAUGUAAGCUGGGAACUGGAAUACAUCCUUCGGCUUCAGAUGAUGAUGAUUCUUGAAGAUAGUGCUGCGUCUAUCUCCAGCAGUGUAGGAGAUGCCUCCUUGGUGAUUCCAAGGCUAGUGGUGAGUGAUUCAUUUAGCUGCAACUCGAUUGUACAGGAGGAUCAAGUGAAGAAAUAUGGAAGUACAAAUUCAUCUCAUUCUCAGACUCGAGUUUUGUCCCAAGUUAUAGAGGAACCGUUACGAAAUUAACGAAGUGGAUGUUGCACUUUUUUGGUGUAGUUAAAGUUGGUAUGGUUGGUGAACAUUAUUCCCAAGAUAAGUAAAAGGUGAUAGAGUUUCUAAAAAGAGUCAUCAAUUCAAAGAUCACAAAUCAAACUACUGUAUAUGGCUAUUCAUUUUAUACUUCAAAUGCAGUUGGCAGCUGUUAUUUA